AUGAGAACACACACUGGAGAAAAACCUUUUUCAUGUUCAAUCUGCGGUAAAGAUUUUACUCAUAGGCACGCUUUGAAAAGACACAUGAGAACACACACUGGAGAAAAACCUUUUUCAUGUUCAAUCUGCAGUAAAGAUUUUACUCAUAGGCACAAUUUGAAAAUACACAUGAGAAUACACACUGGAGAAAACCCUUUUUCCUGCUCAGAAUGUAGUAAAAGUUUUGUAAUAAAUCAAAGUUUAAAAGUACACAUGAGAAUACACACUGGUGAAAAACUUUCUUGCUCAGAAUGUGGUAAAAGUUUUGUAAGAAAUCAAAGUUUAAAAGCACACAUGAGAACACACACUGGAGAAAAACCUUUUGCAUGUUCAAUCUGCGGUAAAGAUUUUACUCAUAGGCAACAUUUGAAAACACACAUGAGAAUACACACUGGAGAAAACCCUUUUUCCUGCUCAGAAUAAUGUGGUAAAAGUUUUGUAAGAAAUCGAAGUUUAAAAGAACACAUGAGAACACACACUGGAGAAAAACCUUUUUCAUGUUCAAUCUGUGGUAAAGAUUUUACUUAUAGGCCACAUUUGAAAACACACAUGAGAACACAC